GGGGGCGGCCGCGCCCGGCACCGGCCGUGCCGUUCCCGGCAUGCCUGGCGGCGCGCGGGGCGCGGCGGGAGCUGUAGUCACGGCGCGGGCGGCGGCGGCCCCGCCCCGAACCCGGAAGUGAGCGGGGAGGCGGAGGAGGUUCUAAGAUGGCGUCGCCUCCUCAGGGGGGCCCGAUGGCGAUCGCCAUGCGGCUGCGGAACCAGCUCCAGGCCGUCUACAAGAUGGACCCCCUCCGGAACGAGGAGGAGGUGAAGGUGAAGAUGAAAGAGCUGAAUGAGCACAUCGUGUGCUGCCUGUGCGCCGGGUACUUCAUCGACGCCACCACCAUCACCGAGUGCCUGCACACGUUCUGCAAGAGCUGCAUCGUCAAGUACCUGCAGACCAGCAAGUACUGCCCCAUGUGCAACACCAAGAUCCACGAGACGCAGCCGCUGCUCAACCUUAAGCUGGACCGUGUCAUGCAGGACAUCGUCUACAAACUGGUGCCCGGCCUGCAGGAGAGUGAAGAGAAGAGGAUCCGGGAGUUCUACCAGUCCCGUGGGCUCGACCGGGUGACGCAGCCCAGCAGUGAGGACACGGUUGGGGGCGACCCCAUGGGGCUCCCCUACAGCACCUUCGAUCACUCCCGCGCCCACUACUUCCGCUACGACGAGCACGUCUCGCUCUGCCUGGAGAAGCAGAGCUCCAGCAAGGACAAGAGCAAGGCCGUGCUGCAGCAGAAGUACGUGAGGUGCUCCGUGCGGGCGCAGAUCCGGCACCUGCGGAGGGUCCUGUGCCACCGCCUGGGGCUGCCGCUGCAGCACGUGCAGAUCCUGUUCAACAACGAGGCCCUCCCCGACCACAUGACGAUGAAGCAGCUCUGGCUCUCGCGCUGGUUCGGCAAGGUGGGCGUCCCACGGUGGGACCGGUGCCCGCUGCCCGUGCCGCUGUGGCCCCCACCACAGGGGGUUUGCCCCCAGGGGACCCAGCACAGCUUUGGGUGGAGGCGGGGGAGCCCCGUCCCGGGCUGGGGGGCCCAGAGGGAUCGGGCAGCCGGCGGGGAGCCUCCCCGGGUGGCAGCUCGGUGCAGCGCUGUGCCGAGAACGCGGCAGCGGAGCAGGGGAGCAGUGAAUCAAGGAUGAUUAAUGUCGCUCACUGGAGCGGCGACCUGGGGCGCCCACGGCCGUGCUACAGCCGGCCGGCCCGCGGUUCCCGCACGGGUCAGGGGGGUGACGGGUCCCAGAAGGGGUUGGACAAGUUCACGGCGCAGCCCCGGGGUCUCCAGGCUGCCUGGGGCCGGCCCUGCGGGGAGGGGUCGCUCCUGCCCACCCGAGGGGUCCUGGACUGGGGUAUGGGGUGUCUGCCCCGGGCUGGGGGUACCGGCGGCCCUGACCUCCCUCCUUGCCUUGCAGCCCCCGCCCCUCCUGCUGCACUACAGCAUCAAGGACAAGAGGAGGUAGGGGCUGGGGGUGGGCGCUGCCCCCCCGGAGCACAGCCCUGCCCCCGUGCCCCCCACCCUGCUCCCUCUAACUUAAUACCCCUCCUGCUCGAGUUUAUUUUUUGAAUAAAACUGUGGAAAAUC